AUGCAUAACCAUUUGCUUCUUCUGCUUGUAGCUGGAGCUGGAGGUGACAAGCCAUUUGCCAAGGCCGGCCCAAGCCCUUUAUCUCGGGUUUUGAGAAUCAGUCAGCUGGAUGCUUUUGAACUGGAUGGUGCACUGGAACAGCUUGUUUGGUCACAGUUCACCCAAUGCUUCCAGCAUUUCAAGCCUGGGCUCUUAACCCCUGUGGAACCAGAACACAAGGCCCUUCUCAAACUCCUCCUGUGGAGGUUCACCAUCUUCUCUAACAGUGCCACCGUUGGCCAAUCACUGCUCAACAUCCGGCACAAAAACUCUCUGAUCCCAGGACAGAAGUAUCGACCCAUGAGCCGGCCACAAAAAUUCUAGUUUGUUCUGCUGACAGUCGUGAAAGAACGGUCACAUGGCUUGUUUCUCAACCACCCUGCAGAAUCCAAUGCCCACAAGGCCCGGAAGGUACUCAGCAUCUUGACAGGCCUUACCAAAGUGGCCAGUCUGGUCAACUUCCUACUGUUCCUCCAAAGAGGAACUUAUCCAACACUUAACGAAAGAUUGCUGGGAGUGCAGCCAGUGUUCAGUCGGCCCCAGGGACCACGAGACAUCAACUUCCAGUUCUUGAACUGGGAGCUGUUGUGGCAUGGCUUUGCCGAGUUCCUUAUCUUUCUGCUGCCUCUCAUAAACCUGUGGAAGCUAAAGGCCAGUGUUGCCACUCUGUUCUCCCCUCUGAACGAUCUCAGAGGAACGGAAGGUGUGGAGGAGACCUACUGCACAGAGUGCGCCAUCUGUGGGGAGUGGCCCACAAUGCCCCAUUCAGUCGGCUGCAGCCACGUGUUCUGCUACUACUGCCUCGAGAGCCACACGAUCGCUGACAUCUGCUUUACCUGCCCCAAAUGUGGUGCAGAAACUGGAACGAUAGAGCCAGUCAGGCUUCAUUUAGGAACAGAGUUGCAUCAGAGUUGA